AUGAUAAACUAUCAGAUUAAGCUCAAGUUAGCUAUAAUUUUGCUCCUGUAUUUUAUAUCUUGCUCCCUCAAUUCAUUUGUAGAAGGGCAGAAGUUGUCUCAUAAAACCUGGAGAAAACAUGAUAAGUGGUACUAUUGGAUUGGCUCAAACAACCAAUCUUAUCUAAGUAAUGGUGAAGGACCGAGACGUUUGGUUGGACUGGACCGUUUUUACAUUGACGAGUACGCGGUGAGCAACGCAGAUUUUAAAAAGUUCGUCAACACCACUGGAUACGUAACCGAAGCUGAAAAAAAAGGCUACUCAAUAGUACAUGAUGAAUACUUAGUCCCAUCUGCUAAAAAGAAAAUUAGACAGUCUAACGUUAUUUCAUCAGGAUAUCUGUCUGUCAGAAAUGCUACUUGGAGGACACCUCUAGGAAUCGGCUCCAGUAUAUCAGAAUCAAUGAACUUUGCAGUCGUGCAUGUUUCUUGGAAUGACGCCGCAGCUUACUGCAAGUGGGCGGGUAAAAGACUGCCAACCGAAGCUGAAUGGGAGGCUAGUUGCAGAAUCAAAGACAAGCUCGUGGAUGACAUAACUGAGCAUCCUCCUGGACGUUGUUCGCUAAAAUUCAAUGAAAACAAGUGUCGAAGUCUCACGGAUUUUGACAUCAACGAGGACUGUUUGAAAGUAAUGGGAUUACCUGUUUAUUAUCAAACUUCUUUCUCGGAGUGGACUUCUGAUUGGUGGGGAGUCGAUAAUUUAAACCAAAAUGAUCUUAAUCCUACUGGACCAGAACACGGGACUCAAAAAGUAGUUAAAUAUAGUCACUUGAAUUGUGACGACACCCAGGAAUGUGUCAGAUUAUCUCCAUGUACACAUAGAAGCCCUAUGUUCACCAACGCCACAUUCAACAGUGUAGGCUUCAGAUGUGUUUCGACCACCCCAGAAAAUCAAUAA